AUGGAUACGAAGAUUGGUUUAAGCACGACGGAGGCUUUUAAAAAACUUUGUGAAAUACUUGAAUCUGAAAUUAAGAAAGAGCGUGAGCUCGCUGCUGGACUUUUUACAUUCAGGUUUUUGACCCAUGAUGAAGUGAGCACUGGAGGCUUUUGUAUCAUUUAUGCGAUACUUUCAGUUGUUUGCUGCCUUGUUUUACUGAUUUGCAGUUUGCUUAGAGGUUACACUCUAUUUGACAAACUCGCAUCAGUUCUGUUCUUGGUUAUAACAAUAUCAAACAUAUGCUAUUCACCAAAAGUAUAUCGUAAUCAACGGGUUAUCAUUAUUGCAAGAGCCUUAAAUAUUUUGGCUAUUUUGAAAUCACUGAAGGAAGAAGACUUCGAAUAUGAACAUCUUUAUACGCCAUCAUCUGAUGCUAUCAGCUUGCAGUGGACAUACAGGGAUCAUAAGUUAGUGAAUGUACCAUGGAUGCUUUUGGUAGAUGGUGAUAUGAUAGAACUUCGUGCUGGACAAUCAUCACCGUGCCGAUGCAUGUCACAGCAUGGUGAAGUCAUUGAUUUGGGAGAUAAACCACGAUCUCUACAAGUAUUGUGUCCUGAAACUCAUGGUGUUUUCCCAUCAAAAUUGACAUUGUGGGAAAUUGUUGAGCCGCCAAUUAUUGAGCAUAUUCGCUCAGCUUUUCGUAAUCACCGCAAGAAACACUCGAAUCUAUUGAAUUCUGAAAUCGAUAUGACACUCCAUUUUAUCCUUGAGCGAUGUCUUUUACCGUUCAUAUUCACGAUUACGUUCACAUUAUAAUUGGUUUUUAGGUAUUUUUUUGUGGCGAGUAAAAGUAUUAUCCAUUUGUUGGUGGAUGCAUCACUGAUUCUUCUUCCUUUAUUGGGACCCAUGAUUCCGAUCUUCUGUUUGAUUGGGAAGUUAUGGAAUUUGGGUUUUGUUUUGGAUGGCGACCGUAACCUGCAAUACAGCAAAUCAAGUUCAGAAACAAUUGCAACUCGUAUUUUUGUUGAUAGAAGUAGGAAAGGAACAGUUACUAAUGGCUUUAAGGCGGUUUAUCACUAUUUUACAGGUCAUUUCCACAUUUCAACGGAUUUCGUUUUCACAUGCGGUGGUCUCACAUCCUGUGCUUUCCUGGACAAAAAGGGUCUGCUUUCAUGGCCAAAUGCAACAAUCGAAAAAGUGCUGUGCUUCCACUCUGAGGAGGAAGGAGAGGAGCGAAAACCGAUGCCAAAAAUUUUGGAUUUAACGAUGAAUGGAACUGAAUCUUUUCCUGUACAUUUCGAUGAUUCUUCGUGGGAAUGCUAUAAACGAUCUUUACUGCCAUUUGGAAUCAGCAGUGUUGUGAAUGGCUGCUCUUUGCUACCAAAUUAUACUUUAUUCUUGAAUCACAUCAGCAGUAUUUCGAGAAAUGUGUCGAACACCAUUGCAGUUUCUGAUCGACAUUGUUUAUGUCCAUUAACUCAAUUACUAGGGAUUGGGGACGAAGUUUUAGAAAAGUUUAAUACUUCGGAUGCAAAAACAAUAGGCUUUUAUAAGCGAUUACAGAAGGAAGGAUCCGAUAAUGAAUCGCGGAAGUUUCGAAUACCGUUGGAAAAUGCAUUUCUAACAAUUACGAAAGAUUCAACAUCGGAAUAUUAUCAUGUAAUGAGUCAGGGAACAGCUGAUUUGCUACUUAAUGCUUGCGCUUAUGUAUGGUGUGAAAAUUCUUUAGAACCAUAUACACCAAAUUUGCACAAACGCGUUCUUGAUUUUUAUCAGCGCAACACAACGACCGGAUUCUGUUUGGUUUUUGGCUAUCGAACAAUGGGUUGCACGAUUUCGGAUACUCUAAGUGGAAGAUAUAUCGAUAUUUCAUCGCUAGGAAAAUAUGAAGAAGUUCGAGAGACAUCUUCAAUUCCAAGAACAGUCAGUCUUGAUAUGGAGUUUUUGAAGGCGUUUUAUCGUCAAUCACCUUUGCAUACUGCUUAUGAAUGCUUUGAUGAAGUUAUGCAUGGGCAAACAUUAUGUGGUUUGCUUGUUCUGCAAUAUCAGGCUCGAAGUGAUGUCGUUCAAUUAGUGGAACAAUUAGAUCAUGCUUGUAUACGAUUCAUUUACUUUUCGAAAGAAAAUGAGUUGCGAAGUCGAGUUUUUGCUGAAAAAUUGGGCUUAGAAGCUGGAUGGAAUUGUUAUAUAUCAUUAGCUAGUGAAGAUGAGAAACCUGAAGUUCUCGAUGUAAACAAAUAUUCUUGUCGACGUUCAAGAGAGUUAGCAUUGCAUCGUUCAGCUACUUGGUCUGAACAUUUUCCAAUUUAUCAAAGUCAUUCUUCUAUCGUUUCAUUAGAAAGUCUCUUCAGAAAUUUUAUGCAAAUCUCAAAUCAAAGCAAAUACAAUCCGUGUCCACCAUCAUUUAUACUUAAGCAGUUAUCAUCGAGAUCGGAAGCUUCGUUAAAAAAGACUCAAAGUCAUCAUUCUAUAUAUUCAUACAGCGAAAAAACAGGUCCGGAGUUUUUUCCGAACAAAGCGAAAUUACCAUCAGGAAUCGAAAAUAUACGUCCUCAUUUAGAGAAUGUUGAUAAUGUUCCACUUUUGGUUAACCUUUUCACAGACUGCGAUCAUUUUUCUUGUCAAAAAAUGAUUGAAAUAAUGCAGGAUUAUGGUGAAGUGGUGCUUGUUGUUGGAUCAUCGUUAAAUUAUUUCAAUAGCAACAUCUUUAGUCAGGGAAAUUGUUCAAUCACUAUCGAGCCCCAGCAUCCUGCUUUGUGUAGCAGAAAAAUUCGUCAGAAUGACAAUGGGUUGAAAAAAGCAACAACUGUUGCUACUUUACUCAUGGGAUUAUGUUGCGAUAUUGUCGUAUUUCCAAGUCAGACUAUCGACCUUAUUUCGUUGAUCUCAUUUUGUCGACAUCAGUUGGAGAUGUUUCGUUCCUCUUUCGUAUUUUUCAUGUUCUCAUCAAUAGCACUUACGCUGCAACAAAUUUUUGCAUUGUUGUUACUUCCAAAUGUCUUAUCCAUUUUUCAGGUCUUCUUAUUCAUAGUUAUAUAUAUACCACUAUUAUCCCUAUCACUGAUGAUCUCAUCCCAUGACGUUGGUGAAAAUCGCAAUGAAAUAGCGCCAAAAAAUAUUUCCUUAAUUCCGAAACGUAUCAUUCGUCGUGCGGUUAUUCAUUUCUCAAUAAAUUUUCUUCCGUCUCUUGUCGUCGUCUGCUUUAUUUAUUAUAGCACCGUUAUGAUGACUGGAAAAAGGUACGAUCAACAGGGAAACUUCAAUUGUUCGUUUUGUCCUGAUAAUCAUGCCAUUAUUGUUGCCCAGCACGUUGCUUCUUUUUAUUUGCUUCUUUAUUUAUGUACUUUAUCAAUGGGUUUUGUCUAUUUUCGUCAUAAUUGCUGGGCGAAAUGUCCACUGAGUAAUUAUUAUUGGGUAGCCACAACAUGUUGCGUCCUUCUUGUUCAGAUCGCAUACACGAAUCUUUCAUAUGGCUCACUGUUGAUUUAUAUUUCUGACUGCAACAUUUGCAUUACAGCAGUUUCAUUCAUCUGGAUAAUUGUCAUUGUUGUUAUUAGCGAACUGUGCAAGCUUCGUUUUAUCAAACUUCAUCAUCGUGACCAACGAAGAAGGAAGCUUAGUUUUAACACGAAAUUAGGAAUGAAUUCACCAUACUGA